CUCCACUCUCCUCCCGUGCGCACCACCAACACCACCAGCAGCAUCAGCGGUGCCUCUCUGACGCACCAUCCGAGGAUGAGCAUCCCUCCUGCGGGCUGACUCCCUCGACAUCCGCCCCCCCACCCCCACCUUCGCGCCCCUUCGCGUUGUGUUGCGUUCGCUGCCGGUGCGCUGCGUGCUUUUUGAUCAGCGAGGAUUUGCGCACUCUUGGCUGGGAAUUUACUUGCUGGAGAGUCAUCAUCAUCAUCAUCACCAUCAUCAUCAUCAUCGAUCCUGUUCUUCUUGGGCUUUUUUCGGGAGGGGUGGGCAAGGGGGCACACUCGGUCGCUGUGAGUGUUUCAAAGGUGAAGCAUCGCUCGGAUUGGAAUAUUCUACUCACUCCUGCAGUUUUUUGUUGUUUUUUUUUUUCCUCCGAAUUGUCAUCGUCUCCCCACUGCGGGGGCUGCUGCGGAUUUUAGCGCCUGCUCCCUCUCCUUGUCAGCUGGGGGCGGGCGGGGGCGGGGAGGGCUCGGCGAAGCAUCCCGGAGCGGGACCACCCCGGAUCGAGUCGGCGAUGCCCGGCCUGUGACACGGCGGCGGGAUCCUCGUAGCAUGGCCCCAGCCCGGAGGGAGCGCAGCGGCCGGGGGAUGCUCCUCCUGGCGGCGGGCUGCCUGCUCCUGGGCGCCGCGCUGCUGCCGCCGCCGGCGCUGGCCAAGGUGUGCAACGACCGCACCAAGCGCGGCCAGGACAACAGCUGGUUCGCCCGGGACGGAGAGAAUCUGCCCAUCAUGGUGCUCAUGCCCAUGAACGAGUCGGCGCUCAUGAGCGGCAUCAGCCAGGGAAUCGAACCCGCCGUGCAGCUCGCCAUCCAGCACAUGAGGGAGUCCAGGAAGUACUCGUUCUCCCUCAUCACCAAAAUCUACGACACCGAGUGUGACAACGCCAAGGGCCUGAGAGCCUUCUUCGACGCCAUCUGCUACGGCCCCAAACACCUGAUGAUCUUCGGCGGGGUGUGCCCCUCCGUCACCUCCAUCAUCGCCGAGUCCCUGGGGGGCUGGAACCUGGUGCAGCUGUCCUUCGCGGCGACCACGCCCGUCUUGGCCGACAAGAAAAAGUACCCCAACUUCUUCCGCACGGUCCCGUCGGACAACGCCGUCAACCCGGCCGUGGUCAAGUUUCUCAACUACUACAACUGGAGCCGCGUGGGCACGCUCACUCAGGACGUGCAGAGGUUCUCGGAGGUGAGGAAUGACCUGACUAGCGAGCUGGAAAAAGCCGACAUCCAGAUUGCCGACACGGAAAGUUUCUCCAACGACCCGUGCGUCAACGUCAAGAAGCUGAAGGACAAUGACGUACGAAUCAUCAUCGGCCAGUUUGAUGAGAACCUGGCCUCCAAAGUCUUCUGCUGUGCGUACAACCUGAACAUGUUUGGCAGCAAAUACCAGUGGAUCAUUCCUGGCUGGUACCAGGGCAACUGGUGGGAGCAGGCCAACACCACCAACUGCACCACCAAGAAGCUGCUCACCGCCAUGGAGGGCUACAUCAGCGUGGACUUUGAGCCCCUCAGCGCCCGCCAGAUUAAGGGCAUCUCGGGCAGGACGCCAAAGGAGUACGAGAGGGAGUACAGUCGGGAGCUUCGGCAGAAAGGCGUGGAGCCCAGCAAAUUCCACGGCUUCGCCUACGACGGCAUCUGGGUCAUUGCCAAGACCCUGACCCGGGUCAUGGAUCUGCUGCGGGUCAAGCAGCGCCAAAACCUCUACCACAACUUCACGGUGGAUGACCACGAGGUGGGCAAGAUGGUGCUGGACGUCAUGAACGAGACCAACUUCUUUGGCGUCACGGGCCAGGUAAUGUUCCGCAAUGGAGAGCGCAUGGGCACCAUCAAAUUCAACCAGUUUCAAGACGGCCAGGAAGUCAAGGUGGGGGAGUACAACGCCAUCGCCGACGUGCUGGACCUCAUCAACAACUCCAUCCGCUUCCAAGGUGUGGAGCCGCCCAAAGAUCGCACGAUCGUUCGAAAGCAGCGGCGGCACAUCAACGUUCCGCUUUACAGCAUCCUGUCCACCAUCACCAUCCUGGGAAUGCUCAUGGCGGGGGCCUUCCUCUUCUUCAACAUCAAGAACCGCAACCACAGACUGAUCAAGAUGUCCAGUCCGUACAUGAACAACCUCAUCAUCUUGGGCGGGAUGCUCUCCUACGCCUCCAUCUUCCUUUUUGGCCUGGACGGAGGCUUUGUGUCCGACAAGGAGUUUGAGACGCUCUGCACGGUGCGGACAUGGAUCCUCAUUGUCGGCUACACCACGGCGUUCGGCGCCAUGUUUGCCAAGACCUGGAGGGUGCACGCCAUCUUCAAGAAUGUCAAGAUGAAGAAGAAGAUCAUAAAGGACCAGAAGCUGUUGAUCAUCGUUGGCGGGAUGCUGCUCAUCGACUUGUGCAUCCUCAUUUGCUGGCAGAUCGUGGACCCGUUGAAGAGGACCGUGGAGGAAUACAGCCUGGAGGCGGACCCCCACGACCGGGACCUCGCCAUCCGUCCCUUCCUGGAGCACUGUGAGAACACCCACAUGACCAUCUGGCUGGGCAUCGUCUAUGCCUACAAGGGCCUGCUGAUGUUGUUCGGUUGCUUCCUGGCCUGGGAGACGCGCAACGUCAGCAUCCCGGCCCUCAACGACAGCAAGUACAUCGGCAUGAGCGUCUACAACGUCGGCAUCAUGUGCAUCAUCGGCGCCGCCGUCUCCUUCCUCACCCGGGACCAGCCCAACGUUCAGUUCUGCAUCGUGGCGCUGGUCAUCAUCUUCUGCAGCACCAUCACGCUCUGCUUGGUUUUCGUCCCCAAGUUCAUCACCAUGAGGACCAACCCGGACGCCGCCACGCAGAACCGCAGGCUGAAGUUCACCCAGAACCAGAAGAAGGAGGACUCCAAGACCUCCACCUCCGUCACCAGCGUCAACCAGGCCAACACCUCCAGACUGGACGGCCUUCAGACCGACAACCACCGCCUCCGCAUGAGGAUCACUGAGCUGGACAAGGAGCUGGAGGAGGUGACCAUGCAGCUGCAGGAUACGCCGGAGAAGACGCCGUACAUCAAACAGAACCACUACCCGGACGCCAACAACAUCCUCAGCAUACGCAACUUCACCGACGGCAAAGACGCUGACAGGAGCCUCCUGAAGAACCACCUGGAGCAGAAGCCUCAGGGCCAGUGGGGCUCCAUGGACCCGUCCCGGAUAACCCGGGGUCCCCUGGAGGACAUCAACUCUCCUGAGCACAUCCAGCGCCGCCUGUCGCUGCAGCUGCCCAUCCUGCACCACGCCUACCUGCCCUCCAUAGGGGGGGUGGACGCCAGCUGCACCAGCCCCAACGACAGCCCCGGCUCCAGCCCGCGGCACAGACACAUGCCCCCCUCCUACCGGGUCAUGGUGUCGGGCCUGUGAGCGUCACGAGCCCCGCCUCCCCCCCCCCAGAGCCCCUCUCGACCACGCCCCCACCGCUCCCUGGAUAACACACACGUGACGGAGACCUCCACGGUCGCUUUUUCUACGCCGAGACGGACUGACAGCAUCAGCGACACGGAGGACACGGCGGAGGGAGGCGUGGGGGGGAGGGGGGAUUUUGGGGGGGAGCCCGGAUUGGCUCGGCGGCGCCGACCUCCGCCAAGGCACGUGUGCAUCCAACAACACCGCAGCAAUGAAGCCUUAGCCGCUCCUGCAGUCGUCGUAUCUUUUUUUUUUUUUCGUUUCCAUUCGUCCGCACGUGAGACAUGUAAAUAUCAUCUGGACGUCGGCGUGGCGUUGGCGUCGUACGGGAUGUGAUGUGGACCGUUUGUUUGGGGGGGGGCGGGGGGGGGGCGAGGUUCCAUGAAAGCACACGUCUUUGCCGAAGAUGCUAACCGACGUAGGAGCGUUCCAAAUGCACGUGGCGGCCAUUUCUGUUUUUUUCCACGAUGCUAACUUUGCACCGCCGCUCGUCCUCACUAUGUGUGUGUGUGUGUGUGUGUGUGUGCGUAUGCCAAGAAAUACACACAAAGUACACAAACAUGGCGUGGCGGGACUGAUCAUAUUGAUCCCAGAGUGGUGACGGAAAGGAUGUAGGUCGACCACAGCCGCACUUGACCUGAAUUUCCACAAGUGGCGAGGUUCUCGGAUUGAUCAUUAAAGCACACGCAGCGUCCCCCCCCCCCCCCCUUCCACCACACUGGUCGGUUGUACUGGACGUCACGCCACACCGAGCCCCCGUUGCUAUGGAAACGCAACGCCGGCCCCAACACGCAAUGUUGUUUUUUUUUUUUUUUGUUGUCCUCACGCAGCAGCAGAGACUGAGGAGGACGAGGAUGAAGAGUUUGUUGUUUUUCACCAUCGGUGUCUUGGUUUUUAGUUUUUGUAAAAGGCGCUGGUGCCUGUCGUCGUGGCACAAA